GGAAAAAAUCCUCUGUUUGUAUUUUAUUGUUCGGUUUCGAUUAAAGACUAGUGUCAACUAUUUGUAUCAUGGAUGAUUUUAAUGAAAUGUUUGGCACUGAGGAUGAUCUAAUAGAGACUAUUCAGGAGCCGAAUGAAGAUAUAUUUAAUGAGCCUAACGCAGAAGCAAGUGAAGGUAACUUUGAGAAGGAAUCAUCUGAUCAAGAGACUAAAAGGAUAGUAAAACCUAAGAAAGUUGUUGCUAGACCUCAACCCAAACUUGAUGCUGCCCGAUUGACAGGACCUCGCGGUAUUGGAAUAUUAGAAGAUGUUUUUAAAAAUGUUAAACUGAAAGGUAAAGGUCAUGAGAAAGAUGAUCUUGAUAAAGUUAUGAAAACACUCGAACAUUGGGCACAUAGACUAUUUCCGAAAAUGUCAUUUGAUGAUUGUAUAGACAGAAUAGAAGAUAUUGGGUCAAAAAGAGGUGUUUUGGUUCAUGUAAGUAGAAUUCGAUUGGGCAUGGAUGAUACUGUCUCAGAGACAUUUCCUGAUGAUCCUGUGCCAGUUGUACAUGAUCCUUUUGAUAAUUUGCUAAAUGACAAACCUAAAGAACCAACUCUCACAGAAGAGCAAAAGGCCCGAAUGAUGAGAAAUAGGCUAUUAGCUGAAGAAAGAAGAAUGGAGAGAAUGAAAGCGGCUAUGGAAAAGAAAAAUCUAUCUCAAUCCUCUACAACUGAAAUAAUUUCAUCACCUAUGGAAUAGUUAAAGGUGAUUCUAAAAUUAUUAAUUUCCAAGCAUUAAGUCGCUACAAUUUUCAUAUAUAGGAAGAAAGCACUUUAUAUUACGGAAGGCUUAAUAAUCUUCAACUGUGAACAAUUUACUUACAAGUCUUUCCUUAUCCUUUUUAUCAUCCAUCUGUUUUGCCUGUCAAAGUUUCUUUCUCCAAAUUCUAUGUAUAUUUAAAGAUCUACUCUUCGACUGAAAAUAACAUUUGUUGUCAUAGACCAUUCACUAAAAGAUGAAGAGAAAAUAUUUCCACUUCAUCAAAGGUUAGGUUUAGAGUUAUUUUAUUUUACCAAACAACUGUUUACAUUUUAUAUUUAAUUUCUGUAAAAUAUUGUAAGUUUCAAUUUUUAACAAAACUUGAUGUUCAGAGUGAAUUUUUAUGUUCUUUUCCUCAUCUAUUGGUUAAAAUUGUUGGAUAUGACAAACCUGUCUGUUGGUAUAGCUGUGAAAUUUUAAUUAUAAGUACAUCUACAUAUUUUACUCUAUAUAUUCCUGAUUAUAUUAAUCAUUUGUUAUAAAUAAAAAGGCUUAAAAAUUAAUAUUCACAUUUAAUUCCAUUUAAGUUAUUUAGAGGAAUCAUAUGAUGCUAACCAAAUAGAAAAGUUAAAUUUAUAUAUUAA